ACAACUGGUAGUAGUUUUGGUAGCCCAAAGAAAUAGCCACUAAAAUUCAUUAAAAACCACUGUUUCAAUCUGCAGUCAAGAUUGUGCGUUAUGGAAGAUCACGAAAGCCAGAGAAAAGUCAGAAUCCUGUGCCUCCAUGGAUUCAGGACCAGUGGUGAAAUCCUCAAGCAAUUAGUCUUAAGAUGGCCUGAACCUGUCUUGCAAAAGCUGGACCUUGUGUUCCUCGAUGGCCCGUUUCCUGCACAGGGAAGAUCUGAUGUUGAAGGCAUUUUUGACCCUCCUUAUUUUGAAUGGUUCCAAGCCAAUGAGGAGUUCACUGAGUAUACCAACUUUGAAGAAUGUUUAGCAUACAUUGAAGAUUACAUGCUAAAAAAUGGUCCUUUUGAUGGUUUCCUUAGCUUCUCUCAGGGAGCAAUUUUAGCGGCUGCAUUGCCAGGAAUGCAAGCGCAGGGUGUGGCACUUGGGAAGGUGGACAAGAUCAAGUUCCUGAUUGAGAUAUCAGGAGCCAAGUUUGGUGAAAACAGGUUUGGAAUGCCUAAACUGGCUUCCAAUGCAUUUUCAAAACCAAUUGAUUGCCCGUCCCUUCACUUUAUAGGAGAGAAGGAUUUCAUGAAGGCAGAGAGCAUUGCUUUGUUGGAAGCAUUCCAAGAUCCUGUUGUGAUUCACCACCCUAGAGGGCAUACAGUCCCCAAACUUGGUUAAUGAUUAUAGUCUUGAAAUUAUGGUCAAUUUCAUUGACACGAUUCAGAGAAUGAUUUAGGAUGGCCAUAUCAAGUCUUGAAUCUUAUGGAGACCUUUUGUCAUUGUAUUUUGUGAAACUUUACUGAAGCCAUGUAUAAUAAGAAUAUUUUCCAUGUAAUAAACUCGAAUAUAUGAAGCCGGUGUCAAUCAAUUGUUAAAUUUGGGUUCAUUUUAUAUA